CCUGAACGUCAUUCCAAGGGAGUUGCAGUGAAUCUGGACUUCCCCAAACUUGAGUUAUUGGAGUUAGAUCAGUCACUAGGGCACUGUGACUUUGGUGUAUGGGACCAGUGCGCAUGAUAAUAACAGAGUUGCCCUCUUUUUUUUCUAUGUUAGGAAUAUUUAUUUCCAGGAGUUUGUUAAGGAUGAAUUACAGGAAUGUAAAGAUGGACUGGCGGUGGACAGUUUUCACACUGUUUUUGAACUUUCAGUUCACUUACGGGUCUCCCUCCUCUUAUGACUUGUUCCAGGGGUCUGCAUACACUGGAGUGGUGCACAGACACAGGAAUAGGAACUGGUGUGCCUAUGUGGUGCGCAGGAACGUGAGCUGCGCCGUGCAGGGGAGUGUGGAGAGCUUCCAGGAGCCCAUAGUGGCCCCCUGCCCAGCCUACCAGCCCGACUGCCAGCAACAAGUGACAUACCACAAUCGGAUGCGACCCACAUACAAGAUUGCCUUCAAGACAAUCACAGAGUUAGAGUGGAGAUGCUGUCCUGGCUACCAAGGUCCAGACUGUAAAGAUUUGAAACCACCCCCAGACCGACAAACAGUUCAGGGAAUACAGCCUUACCUCCCACUAAAUCCUGGACAUACAACCAGACACACACAGAGGCCAGAGCGCAGAGAGACAGGGCACCAUGAGACGAGGCAUGGUGGGCCAGAUAAGGUGCAUCUUCUGGAAGGUGAAGUUCAGCGCCUGUCUCAGACAGUCCUGGAUCUCCAGUCAGCUUUGACAGAGAUAAAUGCCAACCUCCGCACAGACCUGCAAGAAGACACAAAGAAGAUGCUAGUGACACUUCUCAACAACAUGCGUCCACCAGACAGUUCUACGACUGCAGGCACAGAGGAGAGCCCAGCAGUGCUGGAUGGUCAUCAGGCUACUAGAGGUGGGAUUGCUGGAGACAAGGCUUUAGAAAAAAUAGUGGCUCGAUUGGAUGAUAUCAACAGUGCACUGAAAAGCAAGGAUGAAGCUUUGGAAGACAUAAGAGGAACCAUGACAAGUCAUGAGGGCCAGAUCCAUGCCCUGAUGGAUGCCUCUCAAUCUCAGACACCAGCCAUAGCAGAGUUUGAUGUUAUACAAACCUACAUUGAUGAAAAAUUUGAAAAGAUGAAGAAGGAGCUAGACCAGAAUGUUGAGGAACAUAUGGCCAAACUACAGAGCACAUGCAAUGACAAGAUCGAGACCUUGCAAAAGACCUGUAAAGAUGGCCGUGACCAAGGUUUGGUCAGCCUGACCAAGCUGGUUGAUACCAAGGAUGCUGAUUUGAGAAAGGAGAUUCGGGCACUACGUCUGGACAUGGCUGCUGCAGAUGGACCUAUAAGAACUCAAAGGCAGACAGAUCCAGCCAAAGCUGAAGAGGAUCAUAGUGACCACAAGGACUUGUGGCGUGAGAUUGACCGUAUUGCCGAGGCUCACCGCAUCCUGAAUGUUCGCAUAGACAACGAGCUGGCGCAUCUAUCUGCUCCUCAGGAGAGCAAUGAUUUCAGUCUACUGUUUGAAGACCUGGAGGCUCGCAUGAAUGUCACUGAGCAAAAUGCAGAGACUCACUGCUUCUAUAUUGAAGAGAAGCUGACCCGUACGAUUAGUGAAGAAAUAGAAGCACUGCGGCAGCUCCUGAAUGAGCGUAUGAACAACAUGGAGGACCAGUUUACGAACAUGUUGGUGGAAAUGAGUAAUAACUCCUUCCCUGGAAUGUUUGGUGACUCCAUGGAUUCCACCCAGUCACAAGUCAAUAACAAUAAGUUCCUCAUCCAAGGUUUGGAAGAAAAGAUCAAUGUUGUUGAAGAGUUGUGCUCUGCAGGAUGUUCAGGCACAGGAGUCUCUGUAGGUGUGUUGAAGGCUUUACCCACACCUCAAACUAUAGAAAACAUUAUGAGCGACUUGAGUCGGUAUCGAAAUGACUUGGAUGUUCUUCACACAGAUGUCAAUUCCAACACAGACAAGGUCAAGCAACUGGAAGAGCUCAUUGAAAGACAGUUAGUCGGAAAUGAGAGAAAUACUAAGUCAAUGGACGACUUUAAUAAGGCACUGACUAAUCUCCAAAAUAACGUGCUAGGUCUGACUGAUACUGUUACUGUAUUAGGCAGAUCCUUAAAAAAAUACAACGAGGAUAUGCACCGAAUAAACUCGACAUGCUGCCAUGCAGUGCAAAGUGGUAGUGAGAGUCUUGAAAGGGACAACCGGGCAUCAGUCACUGCAGUACCCAGCAGUCAGUCAGACGACACCAAACGUCAGGUGGAGGAACUAAAGAGCAGGCUUGAAACGCUCAGUGAACAGUUGUCAUCUGAACUGAGUCAAUGUAAACAGAACACGCAGGGUGUUUCUGAUGGCAUUUCUGCUGUGGAUGGACGUGUGACCAGGCUUGAAAAUGUGUGUGGAAGGUUAGAUGUAGUCUCUGCCAAUAUCAAAGAGCUGAAAGACGGACUAGAGAGACACGUUGGUGGACUGCGGGACUGUGUGCACAGGCUGAACGCCACCUGUGGAAAACAUGGCGAAGACAUCGUCGCACUGCAAAAUUCACUGCAGAGGUUCGAGGGGCAGCUGUCUUCGAUGGCCAAACAAGUCUUGAAGGACAUCACUGCCAAAGAGCCAGGAACGGCCUUGAGACCAGAGAGGCCUGCUACUGCGCCAGAUUCAACUCCAACCAGAACCCGAGUCCAACAAAUCCACAUCCCUCUCAUCAUCCCACCGCCGCCGUCCAGCCCCAGGCAGCCAUACAAUCCCAGCCAACCAGUGCAGCCCAACACACACACAAUCAUGAUCAGUCAACCGAGGCAGCCAUCCAGCCCCCAGCAACCAGGACACGCCACCCUCCCUCUGGUUCCCAUCAGGCCUGUGGUGGAGACGGGCGAGGCAGGUCCUCCAGGGUACGUCCGCAGGGUGACCGUACGAAGAGGGUCUGAGGACUCAUCUCGCACGCCCGUCAAAGGAUUUGCUGGCGCACCGGGCUAUCCUCCUCUGCAGCCUGCGUCUUUCAGGCCUCAAACAACUCGUCGCCAAGCUCCCAUAGCAGCGAAGAUGCCCUGGAACCCGAUGUAUCAAGCUCCAGUUCAAACACCAGUUUCGGACGCCAGCAGUGCCUUUGCAGAUCCCUUCUCCUUCUCUGCUGGCCUCACACAGCAGCUCUCUGGAGACUCUGGCGUCAUCCGCUUCAACAGAGUUUUAGUUAAUGAUGGUGGACACUACAAUACCCACACAGGGAUCUUCACUGUGCCUCUGGAUGGUCGAUACUUGAUUUCAGGACUGCUGACUGCAAGGCAGGGUGACAGAGUACAAGCUGUCCUGUCCGUGUCUAACCGCAGCGUCCAGAGGCUGCAGAGCUCAGCUGGGCCUGCGGCCGGUCAAUACAGGGGCUCAGAUGGUGGUAGCUGUGGCUGUGGAGGUUCAGUGUCCUUCAGCCUGAUCCUGCCUUUGAGGAAAGGAGACCGCGUGGGCCUGGUGAGGACCGGAGGUCAUUUGGCCACCACACAGUCCAGGGAGAUCCUCUCCACCUUCAGUGCCAUCUUCCUGUACGCACCAGAUGCCAAAAGAUAGCUGGAGCUCAGCUGAGGACUGGUUUUGUUCCCAGAUAGUUGGACUGGAGUAAAUGUUGAAGCCACUAUACUUUCACGGAUUUGCUGUGACGCAGUGCCACUGUGUGAAGAUCCUCAGUUAUAAAUUCAGUUACGCAUCAUUACAUCGCAAUUUGUAAGCCAUUCGCCAAAUAUACCUGAACACAAGAAGCAAGAUUUGUUUCUAAUAUAUUUGAUUACUAAGUUGCCUUUUUUUGUACCUAUUGUGAACGUCCUGUGUAUAUAAGUGUUUAUAAAUUAACAUUAAAAUUCAUAAAAUGUAAUUAUUAUUUUAACAAAACCAUCUCAGAGGCUCGGUAUACAGUAUGAUCAACAUAUCAGCAGAAUAAAAUAUUGUUGGUUAGGCAAUGAGUGACGUACGGGCUCACUUCAUCAUCCUGUGUAAUCUACACUGUAGAAUAAUAAACACGUAUGAAAGGUUUGAGGUUUAGAAACAUGACAAGCUGUUAUUAAUGUUACAAACUUGGCUGGCUGCACAAACUGCGCUGUGAAAGACAAGGUUAGAAGGAAAAAAAAAAAAAAAAAAAAAAAAAAAAAAAAAAGCCCAAUUGGGUCAUUACGUAAAGAGGGUGUGGAUAAAAAAAAAUACAUUUCCCCUCUCCUCACUCCUGAGACUUAAAAUAUUCCACCAGCAAACUGUAAGGAGCGGAGGGGGUGUAUUCAGGCUUCAGAUAAGCCUGUUAACUUAAAAAAAAAAAAGAUUUUUAUUCACCGCUAACCAAAUAAUCCACUGAAUAAGCGUUGUUAUACAUAUUGUGUUAUUCAAUACAACAAAUUUAAAUUUGGAAUUACCAAAAGGGAUUUUAACAGCAAUAACCUCAUUCAUGUAUUACUUAAAAAAAACAGGGUAAAGAUCAUUAAACUAGCCUGUGGUUACUGUUUUUUUCACUGGAGACAAGAAAAGUGUAGCACACACCCACCCACACAAAUGUAUUCAGUUAGAAACUUUAUUUAAUACAAAUAUGACCACAAGCCACACUUUGUUUGCUUCAUUAGGCCUGUAUUUUUUUUCCUUCUUUCUUACAAUGUAUUUUGUUCUUUAAACGUACUUUAAACCACAUUUCUAUACAAAUCAAACACAGCAUACACUUAUUUCUGUUGGUCAGACACAAUCAAAUAGCAAGCAUUACCUCCAAACAGAAAAAAAAA